AGGGGAAUACUAGUCUACCCGUUCAGCUCAUACAGCUCCACUCGGCUUGUCACCCUCCCCUAGCUUGUCUCGUCUUUCACACUCAUCCUCUACAUCAAGCAAUCUUCAUUGGAUAAAUACAAGCAGUUUCAGUAUAAGAAAAGGGAUAUGUUAAUUUUAUAGUUUAUCCAUAAAGGGAAUUACUAUAUUUUUGAGUUCAUAAAGAGAGUAUACUUUUUUGUUCACUUAAAUGAACUACUUCUGUGUUUUCUUUAAACUGGAAUGUGAAGGGAUUUUUGCUGCUUAAACGUAAUUCUUUGGUAUUUGAUUUAUUCACUGGAACGUGUUGGUGUAAGGCUGGCUAUCUAAACAAGGUGUGUGUUCACACCUUCAAGGCUGCUUAGGCAUGGGCAUAGAUGGAAUUCAGUCGAAGGAAGAGGGGGAUGAGGUGAAGGAGAAGAAAGAAGAUGAAGUGAUCCACCUGAGGAGGACAAUAGGUCUGCUUCCGGCUAUCUCUUUCAUCAUCGGUACCGUGGUGGGCAGCGGCAUCUUCAUUGCACCAAAAGGGGUUCUGAUGAACAGUGGUAGUGUGGGGCUGUCACUGGUGGUUUGGGCACUGUGUGGGGUCCUCUCCACCUUCGGGGCCUUGUGCUAUGCUGAGCUGGGAACCACCUUUACAAAGUCAGGGGGCCACUACACCUAUCUGCUUGAAACAUUAGGACCCUUGCCUGCGUUCCUGCGUCUCUGGGCAGAGUUUUUAUUCAUCAGGCCAGCUGUAGCAUCCUACGUGUCCCUGGCGUUCGGACGCUAUGUGGUGGAUCCCUUUUACAGCCCUUGUGCUCCUCCCACAGCACUGAUUAAACUGGUCAGCAUCCUUGGAGUGACAUUUGUGGUGGCGAUAAACUGCUGGAGUGUGACCCUGGCAUCUCGCACCCAGGUCACGCUGACAUUCAUCAAGAUGUUUGCCCUGGUCCUAAUCAUCGUUCCUGGCAUCACGGCAUUAGCCAGAGGACAGACAGAGAACUUUCAGAAUGGCUUUGAGAUUGAUACAUUAACACUGGAUAAGCUACCAUUGGCCUUUUAUUCUGGUCUAUAUGCCUAUGGUGGAUGGUUUUAUCUGAAUUUUGUCACAGAGGAGGUCAUUAACCCAAAUAGAAACAUCCCACGGGCAAUCAUCUUCUCCAUGGUGACGGUGACUGUGUGCUACGUUCUUGUCAACGUGGCCUAUUACACCAUGAUGACAGCAGAGGAGCUUCUUGUGUCUGACGCUGUGGCUGUGACGUUUGCCAAUCGUGCGCUUCACGGCUUGGCCUCUGUGAUUCCUGUACUGGUAGCUGUAUCCUGUCUUGGUGCGCUGAACGGUGGCUUCUUUGGAGCACCCAGGAUGCUGUUCGUGGGGGCCAGGGAGGGACACUGGCCAGUCCUCUUCUCAAUGAUCCAUAUCCGUAGAAACACGCCUCUGCCUGCUAUUCUGCUACUGUAUCCGUUGGUGGUAGUGAUGGUGGCAAGAGGAGAGAUAUUCCAGCUGAUCAACUUUGCCUCCUUCUCUCGGUGGCUCUUCAUUGCCAUGGCGACCAUGGGGAUGCUCAUCCAUCGCUACCGCUUCCCCCUUCACCCAAGACCCUUCAAGGUGCCGCUGGCCAUUGCAGUCACCUUCACAGUGGUGUGCUUCUUCAUCGUUGGGCUGUCUCUGUACUCAGACCCCUGGAACACAGGGGGCAGCUGUGCUCUCACCCUGUCUGGAAUCCCUGUCUACUACCUGACCGUGCACCGCUCACACCUGCCCACUCGAUGGAGAAAAAUAUUCAACUACUGCAGUAAGCAGCUCCAGAUACUGCUGGAGGUGGCUCAGCAGGAAGUUCAGACCUACUAAAGACACCUCUACUCACACACUGACUGGACGGACAGACACCCAUUGCUGUGCCCUCCAUAUUGUAUAUGGAUGUAAAUACCAAGCCAUGUUAGAUUUGGAAAAUGAGCCGUUAACUCUACAACAUUCACUGCUGGGAAAGGUAGUUCUGCAGAAAAAAACCCCACUUGUUUUGGUUUACUUGAAUUAAUGAGAUGUAAUUUUACGCUUUGAAUACGAUAGAUGUUUUGUGUGGAUUAUUUACAUUUAAAAUGACGCUCAUCAGCAAAUGUUGACAUACUGGUAUUUGGUACUCACCUGCAUUGCUUGCUGUUUGGGGUUUUAGGCUGGGUUUCUGUACAGCACUUUGAGAUAUCAGCUGACGUACGAAGGGUUUUAUAAAUACAUUUGAUUUGAUACUCAAAUAAAACAAAAAGAGAAACUGUGACAUUAAUUUAUUCCAUUUACAUAGGAUUCAUAAAACAGACAUGCUUUUCUUAAACAUCCCCAAAUUUACCCAUGUCAGUUUCUCCCCAAACCUCCCUCUGGGGUCUGUUGUACUGGUCAUGUAAUAAAUACUGAACCAGAAUGUAAAAGUUCUUGAAUAUUAUGUGGUGUUCAUGCCUCUUCCAGUUUAUCAUACUUUUAAAUGAUAUGGGACAAGAAACCCAGGACUGUGUGAAUCUAGUCAAGUUAAGACAUCUAAACCCAACCAAUGUGAAAAGGAGCAGCAAAGUCAGCGGGUUUCACUGUAGUCAGCAUACCCACCCAAAAAGAAAAAAGGCACUUUAAACAUUUACAUUAGCUACAGUUUCCAAGACACCAAUACUGUAAAGAUAAGAAACCAAGUCAAUCACCAGCAAGCCCAUGCCAUGAUAUUAAACACUAGCAGACAGGAUGCUCCUCAAACUUUAACCUGAAUGUGUCCACAAGCACAGCUAACAAAGGAACUGAGAAGAACUAUAAAAAGCCAUACAUCAUUCAGAAUUGGUCAUAUACAAAUAAUGCCGUCUUCCUUUCCCAUAACAAAGUAACAACUAUGACCCUUUGAUCAAGAUAAAACCAUAAACUCAUGCAUUAAAUGUUUAAACCUUCUAGCCAAAAAACUUCCAAUGACAAUUAAAACAUU